AUGUGUCAACGUCUCAAAAUCAUAUACUAUAAUCCUUGCGGCAACAUCGCCUGCCUGCGUACCAAUAAGCAUUCUGUGACGAAAGAGGUCUUCGUCCCAGGGCAAGGACAUGUACUAAGCGUCGAUGUCAGGGGCAAUUGGUCCCGUUGUCCUGCAUGGGUUCGACACGAACCGCGCGAAACCGUCUUCAACCCUGCAGUUAGCUCAGAAGCCCGCUGUCCGCAUGCCCACUGGUUUCACCACUUUCAUUGCGAGAAGGUUUGCGACGCGUGUAUUCAAGAGCCGAACAAUGCUGAAGCCGCGAACAUCGGCUUUCCUUGUCAACAAUGGGGUAAUCAUCGAGUUACUGUGCCUCUAGAAUACAUGCCAGCUCAUCUGAGAAGCGCACUGUCGCGUAAGACUAGAGUUGAUUCUAACGGGUAUCUAGUAGGCGAUACCUUUAGCACCAAUGCUCAGGCGAGCAGCAGCAGCAUGCGACUGCGUGAAAAGACUGAAGAAGUCAACAGAAUGUAUGGAAGCCUGAUGUUGCUUCCCCCAAACGCACCAUACCCUCAAAUCAUCGGUCUCGAACGCAAAGACCACUAUUUCACUCACCCUUUCGAUGCCGUAGGACUCGGGGGUAGGAUCCGGGAUUCAAAUGACCUUUGGAGCCGAGUCAGUCCGUACGGUUCUAUUGGGGCUGAAAUGGAUGUCUACCGUCAAGCCCAAUUUACACUGCCGCCAACUCCAGAGAUUCUUGGACAAAUUUCGGGAAGUGUUCAAGCCGCCAUACGGGCAUCUGAAGCUCGCGGAGGAAGAGGAGAAAUGAGGGCCCCCAACUCCGUACCUCGACCUUCCAUGAGCCAGGAGGAAAUCUAUGCAAGAGGGUUGGCAGACAGCUGGGUGCAGAAGCGAAAUGAGGGCAACCAGUAG